AUGGAAGAAUUCUUCCAAUACAUUGGUCCAGACAAUGGCGCUGUCUUGUCGUCUACGUUACUGAACCAAAACCGUCUCUUUGUCUACUCGUCUCCGUGUGAAAAGCACAUCAAUCGCUGUGGCCACCUGCCCGUAGGCUCGUACUUUGCGUGCUCCACGGUUCUCUAUUAUGACGAUAACGUGUGGCUGAAAAUCCGUCGUGGCUACUUUUCGAAUACGCAACAUAAUGGCUACAUCCGUGUAUACUUUGCAUCACCUUCGACUUCCGGAGUGUCUCUAGAUGGCAGUGACCUGCCUUCACGUCAAUAUGCUGCAGUAACCGAAGCACAGCCGGUACCAUUUCGCCACAUGCGUCGACUUCCAGCAUUUCCGACGUAUAUGUGUGCACGUGACCGUUUAAUGCUGUAUCGCGAGCCAGUAUUUACGCUCCAUUCAACGUCAAUGUCGUCCAUGUCAUCAAGUUCUUCUGCUGGUGGAAACGAUGACCGGGCUACGACGUUACGUCCAUUGCAGCGUUUUGUGCCACCUGUGAGCGUGUUUCGAGCUACAGAGUGCCGGUUUAAUGAGGACUUUACGCAAUUGGCCAUCAAGGUAAUUAUGGCUGGUGCUGCUGGAGUCAGUGGGUGGAUUAACGCGUCGUUUCACAAGACACUGAUUGAGGUGGAAGAUCCGUGCGAAUGUGGAGUUUUCCGUAAUGGACCUGUGUAUCUGCAAAAUGUGGCAGAACGAAGCGGCAAGUGGGUGGGAGAACUGCCUGUCCGAGCGAUCCCGAAUCUCCAAGCACCGCGGCUGUACGGUAUCGAGAGUUAUCGUGUGGUGCGUGCGAUUGAGCGCAAGUUGCUAAAAGACCGCGUGUGGAUACGGAUUGAGCCACUUGUAGUGCAGCAGAAGCCGCAAGGUGGUGUUGAAGAAAAGAGCGAGAUUAAUGAUGGUAAUGCGAAAACGGGUGAUGAUCAGGAGCAAAAUCGUCGAGCUAAUGGCGAUACAGUAGCAGAUGCAAAGCCUGAUGCGUGGGUCAUCGAGCGCAAUGCAAACACCGCGCAGAGAGUAAUGGUGCCAUGGGCGAGUACACGUAUCCGGGAUGCGCCGUCCAACGACGAUGCUGAAAGGUAUUACCGCACGGUAUAUAGUCGUCGACCACUGCCGCUGCGUCGCACUGCAGACCUGCAAGCUGAGAUUGUUGGUCAUCUUGAUCCAGGUUCCGUGUUCGUUUCUACUCAGCGAAUUCUUAAUGAAAAGGGACGCAUAUGGAUUCGAGUAGCCCUGCCUCUGAAAAAACGAGUCCAGUCCAGCAGAAGUGCCGGUGACGACAUUGAUGAGCAGAAUACGAAUUCUGAACACGAUGCUGAAGAGUCCUCGAUUAGAGAAAAGGAGUUCAGCGAUUCUGAUAAACUCGUUCAGUACGGCUAUGCGAUCCAAUCGAACGCCAAGACGAACACAUGCAUGGUUCAGGAAAUUCCCUCGCCUGGAAAGAUAAAUCCGAAGCAGUAUUAUCAGGUAUCUUUGCCGACGGAUCUCAACCAAGCACAGCCGUGGAGCCCCAACCAAGAUGAAGAAGCAGCGGGAUCUGUACCAGAAAACACUUUGGCGGCUCGUGCUGAGGCUUCGAGAUCUGCAAAAGAGCUGUUUUAUGUCAAAAAUGGUGCCAUUUUGUCCGCCAUUGGCACCGUGUUCAGCGCUGAAGAGGGACGAAUGUGGCUGCAAGUUUUAGCUGCAGAAUUGGAUCCAGCUAUGAAAGUGAAGCUUCGGCGGGUGCUCUCCGAUGUGGAGCAAAAUAUAAACGUGGUGUAUCUUCCCAUGUGCGAUCCGAACCGAAAUUCUCACGAGUGUGUUCUCCUACCGAUCCAUCGUGAGCUGACGAGAAUUGACAACCCUCUGAAUGCUGACAAAGAUGGAUCGCAGUCUCCGUCACGGGUUGUGUUCAGCGGUCGUGCAUCGAAGCUGUUUGGGUCACAUUUGCUACGCCCGUCCACGAUUGACCUGCCGUCACCGUUUCACGGCCAAAACAAAAAAGCGGAAUCACAUAGUAGCGGUAUCACAGCCCAUGAUCCAGCUGCAGGCGAGAACGACCGUGCACAAAGUUUGAAAGACGAGAUUACCGCGUGGCAACUUCAGACUGGCAAUCGCAUGUCUCAGCUGUAUUCACAACUUGGGUCUUUGGCCGGCUAUACGAUCAGCUGUGUGAGUCGCCCGUUUGCUUCCUGCCUGGCACAUCAGGAAGCGAGACGUAGGUACCAACAGCUGGAACAGGAUGGAGAGGGUAUGGAGGAAUACGCGCUCGAAGACGAAGACGAUAACAUGUAG